AUUCCACCCUUAAAGCCUACGCUCGUUCCGAAACGAAACCUAGGCCUUGUUGAGACCGCAAAUCGAGCCAUCCGGCCACGAAGAAAAUCCGGUGAAGAAACAAGCGGGAUUAGGGACUGUUGAGGCGAGGGACACAAGCAGAGACAUGGACAAUGUGCAAAUGAUCGGCACUAAAAUCACAGCGAUCAAGGAAUACUUAUAUAAUUUCGCACGAACGCAUUCACCCACGAGACUAAUGAGUUCCGAAAACACCUAUUCGCUCUCCAAGGAGCAUUGCAACUUGAAGUAUUCGGACAUUCUGCCGCAUAAUGCAGAAGGUUAUCCGGCCACUAGAGAGUUUUUGAUGAAGGUAGUGGAUAUUCUACUAGACUUUGUCAAAUCAACAAAUGAUAGGAAUGCGAAAGUCCUCGAUUUUCAUCAUCCUGCCGACAUGAUGCGUCUGCUCGAUCUGGAAAUACCUGAUACCGGAUUGACUCUUCAACAGCUCCUACUGGAUUGUUCUAUGACUUUAAAAUAUCAAGUGAAAACAGGACAUCCACAUUUCUUCAAUCAACUGUCAUGCGGCCUCGAUCUAGUAUCUAUGGCCGGUGAGUGGCUAACCGCGACAGCGAACACGAACAUGUUUACCUACGAAAUCGCUCCCGUGUUUAUUCUUAUGGAACAUGUCGUCCUGGAAAAAAUGCGCGAGCUUAUAGGCUGGAAUUGCGGUGAUUCCAUUCUCGCUCCAGGAGGCUCUAUUAGCAAUCUUUACGCCUUUCUCGCGGCCAGGCAUAAAAUGUUUCCGUUCUAUAAAGAAAAAGGACUCUCUGCUAUCGGAGGACAGUUGGUUAUGUUUACGUCCGAUCAGUGCCAUUAUUCUGUGAAAUCAUGCGCUUCCGUUUGCGGUCUCGGAACGGAUAACUGCGUGAUGGUGCCUAGCGACGAGCGUGGUCGCAUUAUUCCAUCGAAGUUGGAGGAAUUAAUUCUGGAGCGUAAGGCCAAAGGUCACAUACCGUUCUUCGUGAAUGCCACUGCGGGAACAACGGUUAUUGGCGCAUUUGAUCCGAUUCCGGAAAUCGCUGAUAUCUGUCAAAAAUACAAGCUCUGGCUGCAUGUCGACGCGGCUUGGGGUGGUGGACUGCUUCUGUCGAGAAAGUAUAGGCAUCCGAGAUUGUCUGGCAUCGAACGGGCCGACUCGGUGACAUGGAAUCCUCAUAAACUUAUGGGAGCUCUGCUUCAAUGUUCCACUAUUCAUUUUAAGGAAGACGGCCUACUGAUCAGCUGUAACCAAAUGUCCGCGGAAUACCUGUUUAUGACGGACAAGCUAUACGACGUGAGGUACGACACUGGCGAUAAGGUCAUUCAAUGCGGACGUCACAACGACGUUUUCAAGCUUUGGUUGCAAUGGCGCGCCAAGGGCACAGAAGGUUUCGAGAAACACAUGGAUCGGCUGAUGGAGCUGACGGAGUACAUGGUUAGAAGAAUUAAACAAAUGUCCGAUAAGUACUACCUGAUUCUUGAGCCUGAAUUGGUGAACGUCUGUUUCUGGUACCUGCCCACGCGCGUGCGAAACAUGCCACAUACCGCGGAAAGAAUAAAAAUUUUGGCCGAGAUUUGUCCAAUCUUGAAGGGCCGCAUGAUGCAAGCUGGUACACUGAUGGUUGGCUAUCAGCCGGACGAUCGACGGCCCAACUUCUUCAGGAAUAUUAUCUCCAGUGCCGCCGUGACGGAAGCCGAUGUCGAUUUCCUUUUGGCCGAGAUGGACCGAUUGGGUCAUGACUUGUAAGAAAUCUGUCCACAUAAGCAUUAAUCAUAUAAUAUGCAGUGAUUAGACGAUUGACCGUUGGCAAAAUCGUAUUCGCCGCAUGAUUCAUCUGAACGUAUUUUUUGCAACACGUUCAGAAAAGACGUGUAUGCGAUGAAUUUGAAGCUCAGAUCAAAAAUUAAAAUCAUCAAUAUGAAACGUAAGAUAUGCGAAGGUAUGUUUGAUUUCAAAUUCGCAACACAUUCUCGAUUUUAUUCUUGUAAUUUUUUGAGAAUUAACAUCAAUUUUCAGCAACGCAAUUUAUUUAUUUCGCUUGAUUAAAGUUUCCAUUAAUUAACACAUUAAUAUUAUUUUCUAAAUAUUAGCGGCAAAACGGUACCGAUUUUUAAUUAAUCUCGCGUUUAAAUUUUAAAUUGAAAGAUAUUUAAAUUGGAGAAAAAAAUGAUCUUGGAGAGUUCUUUAUACACAUUUUUUCAUCGCGUUCCAUAACAAUCUGAAUCAAUCGAUAUAUACAUAUGUAUACAGUCGUUGAUUAACAGAGGUAUAAUUUAAUUUGGUAUGAAUCUCAUCAAUGGAAAAAGACGAUAAUUUCGUCAUUUAAUGAAGGGUCAAUGUGUAGUUAAAUGCUUCUUUAUCCUGCAGCCAGUUUGCAGCAGCAACUUAAAUGUCGAAAGAUAUUAGUAGUACAUAAGUUUUCUAGAUUUAAACGAAACACACAGCAUAUCUCCGAGAAACGAAAGGUAAAAUUACAGAGUUAAAGAUGCUUCCGGCCGUAAACUAUGCAGAUUCGUUAUUUUUCGCAGCUCGAUGCAUGAUAAUAUCCAUGCGUGUGAUGAAAUUAUCAAUGUCUUGUUAUAUAAUCGAAGCAAUAAUAAUAUAUAUUUGCUUUCCAAAUAACAUUCACAUAAAAUUUUUUAUCUCGAAAUGUGGAUUGCAAAAGAUAAUAUUGUUUAGAGAAUUUAUACUUAACUAAUUAUUUUGAAUAGAUAUACUAAUUUUGAAUAAAAUAUCUUUAUUCAGUUAAUUUUGAAAGAUUUAUAUAUCAUGAUUUACAUAAAUAAUUACAUAUUUAAAUUUAUAAAUAUAUUUUCUGUUUUUCUCUCUGUGACAAUAUAAUAUAAUAUAAAUCUAUAAAUAUAUUAAAUUAAAUAUAUAUUUAAUUUGUUAAUAAUUUUUGUAGUUUAUUCGAUAAGAGUGUAUGAAUCGUUUAAUAUAUUUUAAAUUUUUAUUAGUUCUUCUUAUCUGUUGGUGAAAUAUCUGGGAAUCUUUACAGUUUUAAUGAUUUAAUUAUAGUAUUAAAAUUGUUUUAGGUCUUUAAAAUUAUAUAAAAAUAAAUUAUAUGAAAGUAAAUUAAAAUAUACAAAAUCAAGAUUCUUCACAAAUUCGGAUAAAAAUAUAUAUUUGUUGCAAUUUAAUUAGAAUUUGUCCAAAACAUAUCUAAAAUAUAAUUUGUAAGAAAACAAUUUUCUGAGCCUAACAAUAAGCGUUGCUCUGUCUUCGUUGUACGAGUUGCAACAAAAUGGUCAUCGAAUAGCAUCGGAAUAGAAACUUUCUAUCGCCGUAAUGCUAUGGAUAGAUGAUAUGAAUUGACAUUGCGCUUUCCAUUAUAGAAAAUAGAUUUAAUGCUGUGCAUUAUUCUCUGUUGGGGUAUUGACGGAGUUUAUAAUUUAUCGAUUGUUUGCAAAGAUAACGUUAUACAUGAGAUGGACUGCAUCUAUCAUAUACACAAAAAUAUAUAUAUUAUAAUUUACUGUUAAACAGUUUUAAUCGAACGAAGAAUACUAUUUAAUAUACUAUAUAUAUAUAUGAAAAGUAUAAAUAUAUAUAUAAAUAUCAAAGCAUAUGUUAUAUAUAUUUAGUGUUGAGAGAUUUUAAGAAUACAAAACACAAAAAAAACCCAUGAAAGUACAUGCUUUUUCAAAUAUUGGUGCGAACGGUUGUCAUUUGAUUCGUCGAUGCUAUUAAAACUUUAUUUAUUUUUUACCAUCGACAUAAUAUUGCAAUUAAUGACUAUAUUAGACUGUAGCAGAAUUGUCAUAAUUAAUGAAUUGAUGUAACAUUUUUCGGUAUCAAAGGUCUCGUAAUAAUUUUUUAGAAAAAUAUGAUUUUGUGAUAAUAUAUAAUUUUCUGAUCUGAUUCUGAUUUUAUAUUGAUUAAUGCACUUUGCUUUACAUUUAUGCUCAUUAUUUUAUUUUAGUUAUUUUAUAUAUAUACAUUUAUGUAAUAUGUGUGUUACUAAACACAAUAAAUUUUUCAUUAUGAUGACAAACGUUUCAAUCAAUUCGACGACACUUACAACCGAACGAUUCUAUAGAUUUCAACUCACUCGCCAAUACGGAAUAAAAAAAAAAAAAGAUACUUAAGUAACAUAAAAUAUCUAGAUGUAUCACUAUACAAAGAAAUAUGAGUGUAUUUAUGUACAUCUUCGGAACACUCAUCACGCGUUUCUUUUCCGUCGACGACUGCCGUGCCGUCGUGACAAAUAGCUUAAGUCAUACUUAGAAGAAUAUAUUUAGAAAAGGAGCCGCAAUUAGUGCCAGAAAAUUAAUGAGGGAUUAAUCGAAGUAGAGAAUAAUCGAUAUAUCCUGUAAUUUAAUGCCAAAGAUGUUAAUCGUACGUAUUUAAAUGACUGCGCUUGGCUGACGGAUUAUAGCAGGCAAUGUCAAUUCAAUAAAACGUAUGUAAUGUAUAAAACAUAGAGCGCGUUAUAUACUGAACUCUGCAUCAAUGAGGCAAAUAAAACUAGAAAUUAGAAACGAAAACAUAAUUUAUUAAAGAGAAAGUAAUAUCUUAAAGUAUUAAAUAUUCAUACUUUUUUGAAGAUCACAUUCUUCUUGCAAUAUUCUUUUUUAUUCGUAUUUUUACAUGAAAAACUGCAGUGAUAACUUUUAUUCUUGUUUGCUUUUGAAAAAAUAAAGAGACACAUUUUUUAAAAUCAUAAUAUUGUUACGUAAUCGCGUGGAAAAAAUAUCAAAUAUUUUGAUAUAGCAGUUUUUAAACGAUUCGCAGCUUGUGUCGUAAACGUCAAUUUUGAAAUACUAUUCCCAAGAAUAAAUAAUAUUUAUUGAUUCAGAGUUCAAAAAUAUUUUAUUUGUGAUCACUAUGUGCGCCAAAGGGGAGACAAAAUGUAUUUUUCGAAAGGAAAAUGAAUUAAUCAAUUCAUCUGACCAGCAAACCGAUACCUGCAAAGAGGCAUUUUAUCGAACCGUUGUUAAUUAUUAUUCAUAAUUCUAUCGGCGUUGCGAGUUUUUUUAGUCAUAGUCGUUGGUACUGCCAACAUAGCGAUCAAUGCUAUUCAUAAACGAAUCUCUCUCGUGAUUACACAUUUUACUAAUUCUCGUGUAAAUGAUCGUUUUUUAAAGAAAGAGUGAUAUAUUUAUACGGAAAAAGUAUACUCGUCCCUGUAGACUCCCGAUCAUUUAAUUUGCGUAUAAUUAAAAGAUAUAUUGAGAUAUUCGGUGCCGCACAUAUACACAUUUUUUCCUUCGGAAUGUAAAGUAUCUUUACAUAUAUGCGGCCAAUGUAACGAAUAUUAGCAAUAGUAUUAAUAUAGCAUUAAUAUUUUUAAAAAAUGUACCGACUUAUUAGAAAUUAUAUAAUAUUUAUAUAAUUACAAUUUAGAACUGCUAAUGUUAUGCAAAUUUUUUUUUGUAGGUAAUUAGUGAAUCGUAUUAUAAAGAUUUGUAUAUAAAAUACCACUUUAAUGCGAAUGAAUUUACUUAUUAUUGACAAUGGAAUUAAAUAUAAAGUUUUUCUAAUAUGAGAUAAUAUAUAUAAAUUUUAUAUUUAAUUCUAAUUGAAUAUUUUAUGUAUACAUCACAUAUCUAAGUAUCAUACAUGCACAUUUCCAAAAAUGCACUGCACUAAUCACAUUUUUGUAUAAUGCACUCUUAUUAUGCACCAUUUCUGUUUUUUGUCGUGUGUUAAUGUUACUUAUGACAUUAUCGGAAAUAUUAUAUUUGUUGCAUCGCACUGCAUACAUUAAAUUUUAGACAUCUUGUUGCACCAAAUACAAUAUGCUAAUAACAUUUAUUAGUACUCAGUACAUUUAUUGCUUUUUUCGAUAGUCUACAUUGACGAGAAAUACAUAUGUAUGUAACCGAAUAGAUCUUUUACUUCGAUUAUGUUAACGAGGUAGGAAAUCAUCUUCUCUCAAGUCACUAAUAUACGACUAAUAUUUCCUUUACUAAUCAUUUAGCGUCAACCUUGAGAAUCCUUGAUCUUAUUAUUAAUAUUAAUUAUUAGUCUAAUUAUUAGUUUAAGUUGGUAACGAAGUAAAGUAAGCAACAACAAAGUCCCAUGUCUUCCAAACGACGAGAGUAUUGAUUAGCGUUUAGCGAAAAAGCCUCGAAACAUCUUCGAGGAGAAAGCUGUCCUUGUAUACUGUACGUAAUGAGAAAUACAUUUAUAAAUACAUAGAGAAAAUAUAUAUGUAUAUGCGUGUGAGUAAAACUUCGUUGAUACGUGAAUGAGAAGCGAAAGUCAAGAGAGUAUGCGGCGAUGAGAUAAGGAUGAUUGUUUGCAAGCACGUAAUCAUGUUGUUCGAAUACCGCCUACUCACCUAAUUGCCCUUAUUAUUCACUGUAUAUCAAUGUCUAAUAAACUGCUGUUACCCCAAA